AUGAGUUACUCUUUCUUCUCACCAGAGCUGAAACCCUUUUCCAUACUUUCUCUCUCUAGAAGCCCCUUCUGUCCUGUGUUCAUUCAUUUUCUUACCUCCUUAACAAUGGAAGUCUUCACCAAAAUCAUCUCAGCCUUCUGCAAGCUUAGCUGGUUUUCUGCCUUUUGACUCUGUAUUCCUCUUCCUGUUUAGUUUACUGUCUUUUGUCUUAUUGGUUUUGUUGCAUAUUAGUUCAAUGCCACCUUAAAACAAUUAAAUAAAUCUAGUAAUCUGUCCAUAUCUGAGGCUGUCUCCAAGCUCAAACCAGCUUUGCUUUGCUAGACUUCUGCUGUGUUCUUAUUCAAUUGCUGCUCCUUUCUUGAAUUUUAAACUAUUUUACAAUAUUCUCAAAGGGUUCUCCAGAUUUUUCCUUUUUAUCAGGGAUUUUACAUCUGGGUCUUAAGUUCUCCAUUGAAGCUUUCAUGAUCUUCUAAAGGUGCUAUCUUUUCUUUUUUUUGUUCAGUUAUUCUCAUGGAUUUCUUAUUUCUGUUUGAUCUUCGUUUAAUCACUACAAUUUCCUUGUUUUUCUCUUUCAAAGUCUAGAUUUCUCUUGGGCUUUUGGUUGAUGUUAUACUUCAUGGUUGAUAAUUGGGGUUCUUAUUCAUAUUUUGUUUGAUUAGUGGAGAUUGCUCUAUUGUUCUGCCUUCAUAAGAAUCCUUGAUUUUGUGAUGAUGAGUUAUAGUGGAUUAAAAUUCUUUCUUUGUGUUUUGUCAAUCUUGAGUUUGGCAUGUUUGUGUUGUGGGUUCAAUCCUGUAGACAGUUAUCUUAUAGACUGUGGAUCAAGCAGUGAAACUAAAGUUGACAACCGUGUUUUCUUGGCUGAUAACUCAACCUCAAACUCUCUUUCAACCCCAAAAACCAUUUUUGCCAAAUCUUCAGCAACUGUGUCUUCCUCUGAUGAUUCAUUGCUGUAUCAAACAGCAAGAAUCCUUGAUGGAACCUCAAAAUACUCAUUUUCAAUUCAACAACCUGGAAGACAUUGGAUUCGCCUUUAUUUUUAUCCAUUUGUUCAUGAUAGUUACGAUAUGAGCAGUGCAAUUUUUGAUGUCUCCACCCAAGACCAUGUCCUUAUGAGCAAUUUUAGAGUGAAGUCUAAUGUUGUUAAAGAAUUUUCUGUUAAUGUAACCUCAAGCAGCCUUGAAAUCACUUUCACUCCGAUCAACAAUACGUUUGCGUUCUUGAAUGCCUUGGAAGUUGUUUCUGUCCCUGAUGCACUCAUUACAGAUGGUGCCAGUACUUUUAAUCCGUUGGGGAACUUCCAGGGCAUGUUUUCUCAGGCACUGGAGACCAUUUUUAGGGUGAACAUGGGUGGACCAACAAUUCUCCCUAAAAAUGAUACCCUUGGUCGAACUUGGGUUCCUGAUCAAGAUUUUCUUAUCAAUAAGAAUUCCGCAACAAGCGUAUCAAGAAUCAAUGCUGUCAAGUAUGUAAAUGGUGGGGCAACACCGGAUAUUGCUCCUAAUGCUGUUUAUGGUACUGCGACUGUGAUGAACUCACCAGAAGCUCCUGGCAGCAUUUUCAAUGUGACCUGGCAGUUCAAUGUUGAUCCUGGAUACAGGUACCUUGUUCGGUUUCACUUCUGUGACAUAGUAAGUACAGGUCUUAAUGAUCUCUACUUUGAUGUUUAUAUUGACUCUUGGAUUGUUGCGAAGGAUCUUGAUCCUAGUAUUCUAACGUUUAACACCUUAGCUGGUGCACUUUAUUUGGAUUUUGUCACUGCAUUGACUGUGAGCAAUAAGCUUCAUGUGAGUGUUGGUCCAAGCUCCUUGCCCAAUGUUCAACCCAACGCCAUUCUAAAUGGGCUGGAGAUAAUGAAAAUGAACAAUUCACAGGGCAGUCUCAGUGGUUCGGUACCUUUGCUUUCUGAUUCAAGUUCUAAGAAGAAUGUUGGCGUCAUAGUUGGCGUGGUUAUUGGUGGAAUUAUUGCUGUGGUGUUGGCUGCAAUUAUCUUUAUGUUGUGCAGAAAAAGGAAAAAGUUGGCACGUCAAGGCAUUUCAAAGACAUGGAUUCCUCUAUCUAUUAGUGGGGGACAUUCUCACACUGUUGGUAGUAAGUAUUCUAAUGGAACAACUGUUAGUAUUGAUUCUAAUUUGGGAUAUCGCAUUCCUUUUGUGGCAGUUCAGGAAGCCACAAACAACUUCGAUGAGAGUUGGGUGAUCGGUAUUGGUGGUUUUGGGAAAGUGUACAAGGGAGUUUUAAAUGAUGGUACAAAAGUGGCCGUUAAAAGGGGAAAUCCACGCUCGCAACAGGGACUUGCAGAGUUCCAGACUGAAAUUGAGAUGCUAUCCCAGUUUCGACAUCGCCAUCUAGUUUCAUUAAUUGGGUAUUGCGACGAGAAAAAUGAGAUGAUCUUAGUAUAUGAAUACAUGGAGAAUGGGACUCUUAAAGGUCAUCUCUAUGGCUCAGGUUGUCGUAGCUUGACUUGGAAGGAAAGGCUUGAGAUAUGCAUUGGAGCGGCUAGAGGACUUCAUUACCUUCACACUGGCUAUGCUAAAGCAGUCAUUCAUCGUGACGUGAAGUCUGCAAACAUCUUGCUUGAUGAGAAUCUCAUGGCCAAAGUUGCUGAUUUCGGUCUCUCAAAAAAAGGACCCGAAAUUGAUCAGACCCAUGUGAGUACAGCUGUGAAGGGGAGUUUUGGAUACCUUGAUCCUGAAUAUUUCAGAAGGCAACAACUCACCGAGAAAUCAGACGUGUAUUCAUUUGGCGUGGUUUUGUUCGAGGUUCUUUGUGCGAGACCUGUUAUAGAUCCAACUCUUCCAAGGGAAAUGGUGAACUUAGCAGAAUGGGCAAUGAAGUGGCAGAAAAAAGGGCAGCUGGAGCAAAUAAUAGAUCCUACACUUGUGGGGAAAAUAAGACCUGAUUCACUCAGGAAAUUUGGUGAAACUGCAGAAAAAUGCUUAGCUGACUUUGGGGUCGACAGGCCUUCAAUGGGAGACGUAUUGUGGAAUCUUGAGUACGCUCUCCAGCUUCAGGAUGUAGUUGUUCCAGGUGAUCCCGAAGAAAACAGUACUUAUAUGAUAGGUGAGCUGUCUCCACAAAUCAACAAUUUCAGCCAGAUAGAUACUAGUACUGCCCAGUUUGAAGCAGCAAGUGUGGAUGAUCUUUCUGGGGUUUCAAUGAGUAAAGUAUUCUCACAGCUAGUGAAAUCUGAAGGGAGAUAAGUUGUCUGAUUACAACAUGGCUUUUUCUGCAAGUGUUUGGACAAACAAAGAGAAGGUGUUUCAUAGUUCUGAUCAUUGAGUUCACUGUUUUGUACAGCAGGGAUGGUGCUUCCAGUGAGUUUUUAGCAAGAAUGUUGCUUUUGUUUUAUUACAUGAAGUAAAUUGUUAGUAACUGAAUCUAUUUCUAUGUUUGAAAAUUUUCUUGUCUGAUAGGUCUUAUUCUGUAUUUAGCCAUCCAUAAUACUAUGAAUUUUAAGAUUUUAUAA